AUGGCGGAUUUGCCUAAGGAGCGUGCACAGUGCUCACCAGCAUUCACAAUCACUGGAGUGGACUAUUGUGGUCCUUUUUACUACAAGCCCGAUAGACGAAAUAGAGCAUCAUUCAAAUGCUACAUCUGCGUGUUCGUUUGCUUCACAACCAAGGCCGUAUGGCUGGAGCUCGCCAAGGAUCUGUCGACAGCUGCUUUCUUAGGCGCCCUCAAGCGUUUCAUUAGCACGCGUGGGAUUCCAAAAUGCAUUUGGUCAGACAACGCAACCAACUUUGUGGGUGCACGGAACGAGUUGGCGGAUCUGAGGCGUUUAUUGUUGAGUCAGGAACAUCGCAAUGAAGUUCACAAGUACUGCAUGAACAACAGCUUCGAUUGGAAGUUCAUACCUCCUCGCCACAUUUUGGCGGCCUUUGGGAGGCAGCUGUUAAGACCGCUAAAAAGCACUUAUAUCGCUCUAUGGGAUCGGCACUUUUUGGCUUCAACGAACUGCGCACAUUGCCUCGAUCGGUGGCAACGUAUGACAUACAUACAGCAGUUGUUCUGGAAACGCUGGAGUGAGGAAUACCUCAUUAUUCUACAGCAGCGUGGAAAAUGGCGCACCCCACGGCCUUCUGUCAAAAUCAACGAUGUCGUCUGCGUGAAAGACGAAAACCUGCCACCUUUGAAGUGGCCACUGCCCGGGUUGUUGAAGUUAUUGCUGGAGCUGAUGGAGCCGUGA